GUGUAGGGAAUCCCCAUAAAUUCCGUGAUGGAAAUAACAAAACAAUUCGGUCAGACAUUUUUAAAGGAAGAAAAAGGAUAAUAUUCUGGAUUUUACUCACAAAUCCGGACGCACAAUGGAUGAGGUAGGGGAGGGAAUUUCCAGGGUGCCACUGCAGGCACCAGUAAAGAAAAGAAACCUUGGAAGGCUUCUUGUCGGUCAAAGCCAUAUUGAAUCAAGUGGAAUGUUUGGAACCAGAGUUCUCUCCCCUAAGAUGGGUGAAAUCACCUGCACAGCAAGCAACAAUAACGCCCUCAGUGGAGGGAGUUACACAACCAUGGGCAAUGGAUCAGUUGGUGUCAGCAACACCCGUGUCGCAGAUCAUUCUUACAAUGGAAUCAAGGUGUCCUCUCGCAUGCAGCUGGCUACUCCAUCCCCUGAUCAUGUGUAUCCUCUGACCUUUGCCAAUCUAGCUCAACCAGAGGAUGACACAGCCAACACUCAGAAGCUUGCCAUCGGGACAUGGCGCAGUAUGUCAGUGGAAGUUAGUGGCCAUGAUCCUUAUGAUCAGAUCUACAAACAUGGAAAAAACUUCAUCAGACCUGAAACACUCGGGAACCAGGUCCAACCUUAUACACCAGAAAAAGAAAAUGUGUCCUUGUUCCUUAAGAAAAUGCAACAGGAGAGUGAUACAAAGCUCGCCUUCAGAGGACCAAAUCUUGAGGACACAUGUUUUCGAUUUCAAGAUCCUGAAGACAUGCCUGAUGAAACGCAAGAUUUGUCUGGAUUGAUCCAUGAUAUUGACGAUGAGUUGGAGAAAGUCCCUCCAGGUCAAGAAAAGGAAGUUGAUAGGAAGGGCUUUGAAGAUUUUCAAGCUGUAAAUGGAAAACCAGAAAAUCCCAUUUUGGAAGAAACGGUCCCAGCCCUUGGAGUUCAGGUGCGUAAUGUUGGAGCAAAGCCAGUAGAGGAUUUUUCUAAACUCAACAUUGUGCUGACCUCGGGCCAUCAUCAAGGCGAAUACCAGAAGGCACUGUACAAACUCAUACUGGGUGUCAAAAACAAAUCUGGUGUAACACCAUCAUCUGUUUUCAAAGAAGGGCGCGUUCUAUUUGGAACUGAUAAAGCGUGCCAGGAAAUGUUGGACAAGAGUGAGUUCCUUCCAUCCCAUGGUACUCAUGGCGUAAUCCUGUACGAUAAGCUAAGACCACAGAAGGGGAGAUACACAGAAGAAGACUUCUCAGUAACAGAAGUUUUGGGAAGGGGAAACUUUGGCGAGGUGAAACUGUGUCAAGACAAGACUACCAAGGCCAAGUUCGUUAGGAAGCAGGUUAGGACAGAUUAUAAGAAGUCUGAGGUAGAGGUGAUGAUGUCCCUGAAGCACCAGAACAUCACUCAGUUCUACGGUGUCGUUCAGCGGGAGGGUGAUACAGAGAUCUUGAUGGAGUAUUCUGGUGUAUCCCUGCUGACAUUUGUUUUGGUACCUGCUACAAAGCACCUUGUGACGGAAGAGUUCAUCUGGAAUGUCAACCGUCAAGGCCUUUCUGCUCUUGCACACCUUGAGAUAUAUGGUAUCAUUCACCUUGAUAUCAAACCUGAGAAUAUGUGUAUCCUGGAAACUGCCACUGGUUGGACCUUAAAGCUGACUGACUUUGGGUCUGCCAAACUACCACAGGACCCGCUGACAUACAACGGCUGGACAGCGGAGUACAUGUCUCCAGAGGCCAGUAUCAGCUUUGUGAAGUCACGGUUCCCACAGUUGACCCUCAUUGACAGUGAGGACUGGGCCAUAACACCAAAGAGUGAUGUGUAUAGCUGGGGUCUCACUGUCGUGUUCAUGUACAGGAAAACACACAUACUGAUGCAUGCAUAUACAGGAGGCCAGAACAACUACAAAAACGUAGACAACCCAACUCAAAUCAAACUGCUCAUCAUAAUGUCGAUGGCACGGGACCCAGACAUGGUUCGAAGGUGCCUGAUCCCUGACGAUUGUAGCUCAGACAUGAAGAUAGUGAUGAACUGUCUGCUGGCAGGAAACCCAACACAGCGCCAUUCAGCUGCAGAAGCUGUUGCCGCAAUUGACAAAAUCAGCAGUGAUAAGCUGCUCUCCAAGGCAGACUCAUUACCAGAAUUGUUGGAAAACGAUCUGGACUGUUUCAUCUAUGACCCAUCAGAGGUGCACUCACCUGCACCAGGACCUACCAGAGUUCGUAGGACCAGUUCGGUGUCCAGUUGUGUGUCCAGUCAGGCGUCCAUCAGUAGUGUUCUGUCCUACUGUUCCAAUGCUAGUUGCUCCAAACCAAGAAGUCCUAACGGGACGGGGAAAAGUCGACGGCGAAUUGUGAAGAAGAAGCUGCGGGACAGAAUCGCAAGCCCGUACCCGAGAACUGAUAGAAUGGAAAUCCUGUCCCCUAGUACAGAGCUGGAUGGAAAUGUCCCAGACUUUGCAGCCCUUGGGUAGACAGCUGAUGAAGUGUCAUGAACAUUCGGACAAUGCUUAUUUAAUUGUAGCUUGUGUGCAUUAAACAUUUUGCUAAACAUUUUACUUAGAUUUCAGUUGCGUAUUGUAAGAGCUAUUCCAUUCUGAAUUACACCAGUUCAGUGGAUAAUAUAUAAAUUUGGUAAUAUAAAUUCUAUUAAUUUAAGUUUUGCUUGCCUUAUGUAAUGCUCAGACUUUUUUAUACAAAUUUCAGAUAAAGUCAGUAAAACCUUGCUUACUCGAACUCCUGGGGUCUUAAUGGGGUCUAGAUCAAUAGUUUAAACAAAUUGUAUUCGAUGAAUCUGGGGUUAGUUAAACUUUGUUAUGUUUCGAUCAGAUGGAAAGGUAGGAAGCUGGAGCUCUGCUCAUGUCGCGGAUAGUAGAUGAUAAAAAGUAAAAAGAAUUUCAAUAAAAACGACAACAUUUAAGAAUAUGUUAAACUGUUCAACACUGAAAGCAUACAGCCAUCGAUAAUAAGAACAGAAAUGAAGUAAAGAAACUGUAUAUUUAAAGUACACUGUACCUAUCAUUUGGGCAUAGUCUACCAUCUGUAUUUAGCCACAUUACCUUUAAUUUACAGAAUAUUAAAAAGAGAGGAACUGUUGAAUAUUUCUAAAAAGAAGAAAAUAAUUUUGAAUCCAUGUUAUUAGAAUGUUAAUUGAUAAUGAAGUUAACAGUCAAAAAGUGAUCAAAAUGAUCAUUCUAUUGGUAACGGUACAGGUACCUAAUGAUACUGCUGUUAAUCCUCUAAUAAUCUAAUGUCCAGCCGACACUUGUAUAAACGCAAUGAGUGCAAUCUGUCUGUACCUCAAGACACUUCGAUGGCAUGCAAUAGAUUUCCUGUUAACUGAAUGGAUAGGAUAGGUACUAAAGACGUGAGCAGUUGGGUAUAAUCAGAGUUUGAGGAACACAGGGUAUUCAAGCAAUAGCAGUUGAAGUAAUCCAAGGUUACUUUACAAAGAAUGUAUAAGAACACGGUCAGGGCCAAGUGACCUCUUCAUCCAAGGUUACUUUACAAAGAAUGUAUAAGAACACGGUCAGGGCCAAGUGACCUCUUCAUCCAAGGUUACUUUACAAAGAAUGUAUAAGAACACGGUCAGGGCCAAGUGACCUCUUCAUCCAAGGUUACUUUACAAAGAAUGUAUAAGAACACGGUCAGGGCCAAGUGACCUCUUCAUCCAAGGUUACUUU